AAUAUAAUCAGCUCUCGGAGAGGCUUGCGAUCGCUUGGUCGAUCCUUUUACUCGCUACCCGCUUACUGCAAACGCGACAAAAUACCGCGUGCCAAUCAACACACGGACAGGUCAUUCCUGCCACACACGACGUAAACAUUAGAACGAGCUCAGUUCUAUGUUCUUCAUCAGUUUUACCGUAAAGUUAGUUGGAUCAUUACAGAAAGAUUAAUUUUUAACACAAUUCCAUGCCAAAAUUAUGGAAUCCAGUGACUUUCUCAAUUGUGCUUUCAGAGUGAAAGAAGAACCUUUUGAUGUAUCGCUGAUCGAAAAUAAUUAUGGAAUGAUAGACGAAAAACCCAAUCUUGAAACCUUCCAACCCUUACCGUAUCUGCGAGAAAAUUCAGUAAAUUUCGAUACCCUUCGAAAAUGUGACUUGAAUCAUAAAAGUGAAUUUGAUGAGAACGUGGAAAUCGUUGCUGAAUGUGAAGACGUCAAGCCCAACAUUAGUUCAUUAAAAGUUCAAAAAAUUAAUAAUGAUUUUCAAAAUCACUUGCAAAAUUUACGAUGGAGCGAUGAUUGUAAAACUGAAAACAUAAUUAAUAUAGAACCCAUAGAUGAAGUUAAACAGGAAUAUUUUAAUGACGAUGCUGAUAAAUUGAAUUUGAAUCUCGACUAUGAUUCUAUCAAACAAAAUAAAAAAAGAAGAAUCGCAAAAAAGUUUAAAAACGAAUAUAGACCCAAAUCACACAUUGUUGCAGGGCAUAGCGAUACAACCUACGCAUGUGAAGUUUGCGGAAAGAAAUUUUCAAGUAAGGGUAAUCUGAAAAAGCAUGUAGAAUCAUCGCAUCUUCGUAUUACCCACUCAUGUGAUGUAUGUGGCAAGACAUUUUCACUAAAAGAAAAUCUCAAAAGACACAUCGAUUCGAUGCACGAUAAUAUUACCCAUACGUGUGAUAUAUGUGGCAAGACAUUUACACAAAAAGGUCAUCUCAAAGUCCACAUCGAUACGUCGCACUAUAGUAUCACUCAUGUAUGUGAUAUUUGUGGAAAGACAUUCAAACAUAAGAGCAGUUUCAAGACCCACAUAGAUGCGAUUCAUAAUGAUAUCAAAUAUACAUGUGGUAUUUGCGCAAAGGUAUUUCCACGAAAGAGUAAUCUGAAAGCACACAUCGAUUGGGUGCAUAAUAGUAAACAUUCAUGUGAUACUUGCGGAAAAAAAUUUACAGAGAAAAGUAGUCUCAAAGUUCACAUUGUUGCGAAGCAUAGUGGCGUUACACAAAAAUGUGAUAUUUGCGGUAAUAAAUACACUCGCAAAUCUAGUCUUCAGAGGCACCUUAGUAGGGUGCACAAUGGUAUCAUAGGUACAUAUGAUGUAUGUAGAAAGUCAUUUACACACGAGAAAUAUCUCAAAAAUCAAAUCAAUGCGAUGCCUAACGUAUUCGUGGCAUAUGAGUAAUUCCUCUAUACAUUUAAAAUAAGUAUUCUAAAAAAAUUAACACAAAAAUGUAGGCAUUUCCUGCUAAGUAUGGAUUUUUCUUGUUGUUUAGGAAAAUAUUUUAACUGAAAAAAGGCCGUUACUCCUUUUUUUAAAAUUGCCAUUUUUAAAAUUUUUAACGUGUAAAAAAAAAUACAUUUUUUAUUAGAAUUUGCUUAGUGAUUUACCGCACCGCUUACAAAUUUUAAAUCACGUACAGGGUAGUCAAUUUCAAAGACACAUACUGGUUCGCGUAUAAAAAAAUAUUACCUAGACAACUACGUACAAAAAAUGAAUCGUCUUUUACAAGAUAUACGUAAAAUAUGCGAGAAACUCUUUUUUGAAAACAUUUACUUCGUUCAGAAAACGUCUUAAAAAGGUUUCAAAAAAUAACUAUACCUUUUUCUAAAAUAAAUUUUUCGAAAGUAAAUUAAAAAAUGAAGAACUUUUGAAAAUUUCAAGUCAAUACAAUGAUCGUUUUCUUUUGUACAGCUAAUAACAAAUUUUUUUUUGUUAAAAGUACAAUUUUGGUCAUAAGAGUAAAAUAUAUUUCCAACUGCACCAGACUCGGAAGACUUUUAUAGAAUAUUUUUAUAAAAUAGUUAUAUGCCUAAAAAUGUCCAAUAAAGACUUGAAUAAAUUUUCAAGGGUGUUUGACAUAAAUAAUCUGAGUUAUACGCGAGUUGGUCCGAUUUUAAAAGUAAGGAGGAAUUACUUAUAUGUGGAAAAACAUUUAUGCGAAAGGAUUAUGUAAAAACCCGCAUCAAUAAGAUACAUCACUUACGUAUCACAAAUUAACAAAAUGUACUAGAAAACUAGUGUACAUACGAGAUUAACUUAACAAUUUACAUGAUGAUUCCCUCCAAUUUCAUCUCAUUAUGUAAAAACAAUGUUUAAGCUGUAAAAGAAAGUAAUAAAU